GAUCCCGAUCAAUUCGCCCCCGUUUGAAGGAGAGCUGUCCCGGUUGAAUUCCAGCCUCUCCUACCUAUUCCCGCCCACGAUGCGUCUUGUGACAUUGGUCAUUGGCCUCCUGGCCGCGUUCGUGUCGAAUGUGACGGCCACCGCGCUGACCUACAAGCUCGAGGCCAACGAGAAGGCCUGCUUCCACUCCUACGUCGACCACGCGAAUUCGAAGGUGGCCUUUUACUUUGCGGUCCAAUCCGGCGGUUCCUUCGAUGUCGAUUACUCGGUAAUCGCCCCCGGCGAAAAGGUCGUUUUGGAUGGCACCAAGGAGCGACAGGGAGACUUUGUGUUUACGGCGCAGAGCGUCGGGGAGUACCGGUUCUGCUUCAACAAUGAGAUGUCUACGUUUGCGGAGAAGAUGGUGGACUUUGAGAUUGCGGUCGAGAACGAAGAACGUGCCCAACUUCCCUCCCGACAAGGUAGCACUAGCCCUGAACAGGCAUCUGCUCUCGAGGAGUCGAUUUUCAAGCUGUCCGCGCAAUUGUCGACCAUCUCGCGGAACCAGAAGUACUUCCGGACCCGCGAGAACCGCAACUUCAGUACCGUGCGUAGCACGGAGCGCCGGAUUUUCAACUUUAGUGUCGUUGAGGGGUUGAUGAUGGUGUCUAUGGCUGGAUUGCAGGUGUUUGUGGUGAGGUUUUUCUUCCAGGGGGCUAGGAAAGGCCCAACACAAACCCAACGACCUCUCGACCCUCGCACCUCCAUCAACGACUACAACCGUGUCAUGCUGCAGUACACCCAACGCCGGAUGUCUACCUUCUGCGGCAUGGAUGAUGGUCGCGGUUUUCCCGGCGCCGGCGGCAGCAGCAACACGAGCAACACCAGCAGCCGGGGCAGUGAUACAAGUUUUUCGCUCAGCGGGGACACUGCCGUUUCCAAUUCGCAGAGUGAGGUCGUGGAUCGUCUGCAGUUCUAG